UCCUGGCCCGUCUUGGCGGGGAAGCUUUAUUUUUAAGGUGGUAUGACAGCAGUAAAGUUGGGUAACUUGUGAAGUCUUACAUUUCAGCGGAUGCAUUUAAUAAAAUUUAACAAAAAACAAGGUGGUUAACGAAAAAAAUAAAUAAUCACAGAUAUGUGGCGCAUUCCAAACUAUUAAUACUUUUUGUUCCUCCUCUCGUCUCUUCCUCGCGGAGCGUCCUUAACUGAGUGCUGGCACUGUGGAGUAGGGAGUGCAGGGGAGAGGGUCAGAAUGAUUGGUGGGUGGGGAUAGAACCCUUCACAGAGACAGAGUAAAAAAAAACAAAAAAAUCACGUGUUUGUAGAUCAAAGGAGAUCCGCUUUGUAGAAAUGGAGCGGGGGGUGGGAAAGAAAUGGGGAGGGUGAGAGAGAGAGGGAGUGAGUGAGAGAGUAUGUAUGUAGCCAGUGUAAUUGACAAGGCUUGCAGUGGUGAAAUAAAGACGCUUCAGCGCAGGCUCUGCUUUUUUUUAUUGCACAAUUCUGACUCUUUUGACGCAUCGGCCGCGGCGAGCACAGGCCUGACUUCAGUUCCCUUCGUCCGAUCACUUCAUCUGUGUGAAAUUAUGUCCCGAUCGGCGCAGAUUCAGCCGGCAAGAUGAUGAUUUUACCAAGAGGAGGCUCGGAUCGUGUGCCCGACUCGGUGGUCCUGGUGAUCCUCGCGGUCGCCGCUUCUCUCGUUGGUACGGUUCUGGCCAAGGACACUGCAUUUGUGGAAGUGGUUCUGUUCGAGUCCAGUCCCAAUGGAGAUUAUACGACUUACACGACUGGCUUGCAGGGACGCUUCUCCAAAGCUGGAGCCACAAUCAGCGCGGAGGGGGAGAUCGUUCAAAUGCAUCCACUGGGACUAUGCAAUAACAAUGAUGAGGAAGACCUGUACGAGUAUGGCUGGGUCGGAGUAGUGAAGCUGGAGCAACCUGAGCUGGACCCCAGUUGUCUUACUGUUCUUGGAAAGGCAAAGCGGGCCGUGCAGCGAGGGGCCACAGCUGUCAUCUUUGACGUCUCAGAGAACCCAGAUGCCAUCGACCAGCUGAACCAGGUCGCCGAGGAUCCUCUGAAGAGGCCGGUGGUUUACGUGAAGGGGAACGACGCCGUGAAGUUGAUGAACAUCGUCAACAAGCAGAAAGUUGCCCGAGCUCGCAUACAGCACCGACCUCCGAGGCAGCCCACGGAAUAUUUUGACAUGGGGAUCUUCCUGGCCUUCUUUGUGGUCGUGUCACUGGUUUGCCUCAUUCUGCUCAUCAAGAUCAAACUCAAGCAGAGGAGAAGCCAGAACUCCAUGAACAGAAUGGCCGUACAGGCUCUGGGUAAGAUGGAGAUUCGUAAAUUCAAGGCCAAAGCGAAGGGUCAGCGGGAGAACAGCUGUGAAGCCUCUGAUUCCCUGAGCAGCAGCUCCACCUCUGACUGCGCCAUUUGUCUGGAGAAGUACAUGGACGGAGAGGAGCUCAGAGUCAUCCCCUGUGCUCACAGAUUUCAUAAAAAGUGUGUGGACCCCUGGCUGCUCCAGCAUCACACCUGUCCUCACUGUAGACACAACAUUAUUGAACAAAAAAAGGGAAAUCCAGGCGCUGUGUGCAUGGACCCUGGUAACCCAGUCCACAGACAGAGGGUGGUGCUGCCAGUCCAUUACCCCGGCAGGGUGCACCGAGCCGGUCAGGUGACUGCCUAUCCCACCAGAACCAGCAUGGACCCCCAUGGCAACGCCAUCACUGUACUGACUGUUGACCAGCACCCAGAUCCUCAGGCUCUGUUCCCUUCCCAGUCCACAUCCGCCUUUCUGAGGAGCUACCACCCCCCACUUCAUCUGGACCACUCUCUAAACCCUCACCACUGCGGACUCGAUCACCGUGGACCACCCGGGUACCCGGCCCAGCCGCACCACGCUGCUUUCAAGCGACCCAAGUUUCACAGUCGCAGCUUUUCCCGCGCGGCGUGCUUCUCGCAGUACGAGACUAUGUAUCAGCACUACUACUUUCAGGGGCUGACGUUCCCUCAACAGCCUGACAGCGGCCAAGGGCCCAUGGUGGCCGGGCACCUGGGCGGAGCCUCCAAGGGCCACCACAGCAGAGCCUUUCAGCAAGGACUGCUCUAUCCCACGGUGGUACACAUGGCUUCCGCUUCUUCGUCGAGGAUAGGCGACACUGGCAGCACGUCUGGCCUGAGCUGUUACCACGGCCAUCGCUCAGUGUGCAGCGGUUACCUGGCUGACUGUCCUGGCAGUGAUAGCAGCAGCAGCAGCUCAGGCCAGUGCCACUGUUCGUCCAGUGACUCCAUGUUGGACUGUACGGAGGUCAGUAACCAGGGGGUGUACGGCAGCUGCUCAACGUUUCGCAGCUCACUGAGCAGUGACUAUGAUCCUUACGUCUACCGUAGUAAAAGCCCCUGCAGGGUGUCUACGGGUGAAGCCGGAGCCGCAGCUUGCACCACAGUUCCAGCCGAGGAGUCCUUAUCCCACGGUCCCUUCGGACACGACUGCCUCCAGCUCCCUCCUGGAGCUUCGGGAUAUAACUCUGGGGACCAUCUCUCCAACUGCAGCUUGGAGCCCACCUACAGCAGUCGCUCAUCACUGGAACCCAGGGAGAACAGCAACAUUAGCACUACCUCAGCGGGGGCUCCGGAAGCUAUUGGGGCGGAGAGGGGGAAAGGGGCGCAGGAGGAUUCGGGGGAGGUUGGGGCGGCAGCGUGUAGCUGCUGCUUUGAAGUGCUCCCACCUAAUCUAGAGUGCAAGGGACAGGACUUGGACCAAGCUGGACCUCUGGUCCCAGGGCGGUGUCACAGGGGGCUGGAAUUUCAGAGCGCCACCUCAAAGAACUACUUUUCUCCUGAGCAUUUGUGCCCUUCGUCAGAGCAGAUGACCUUCGAAGGACUGCCUUGCUGCUUCUACAAAGAAAUGAAGGUCCACCGGGCCGCGGCGGGAUGCUACACUGAGGACUACACUGUCAAUGUGCAGUACGCGCACGCAGACUCGGAGGCCUGCACGGGACAAGGCUGCUGUGAACUCAACCAGAGAAUACCCAUAAUUCCUGAGGACACAGGUUGUGAAGUGGGCACGGGGGCAGAGACCAAAGGCAGUUUGCUGCCCAUUGGUGUCACGGUGGAGUCAGAGGUGGGAACAGGGGAGCAGUGUGACCCCAAGGAGGGGUUCUUCCCCUCAGGACAGUUUAGAGGUCAGACAUACCCUCAAGAGGAGGAGACCAGGGGGUUGUUCUGCUCUCCCUUAUCUGUGAGCCAAACUACAGGGGGAAACAGUACUUCAACGAAUGAGGGAGGUCUGGGUUUAUGAACUUGAAGCUGGGGAGAAGGGACGGUCAGAUGUAUGUUUCUUUGGUACCAUGUCAGUCAGUCAAUCAUAGAAAACCCUCGGUGGCCUUGUUCUUACCGCGCUAUCUGAGCGGGAAAUGUCUUAGAUUGUUUGGAUUUCUACUGAAAAGGCCGCUCAUUUCGACACACCAAGUUUUCUGUUCAUUCCUGUGAUCACAAAUAACUCGGUUGCAAAAAAACAAUAAAAAAAACAACAACAAAAAAAACCAAGUUAUUGUAGCACCGAGUUAAAGCGAUGUAAACCAUGGGGGCCGAGAAGUAGCCUCGCUGGUUUGGAAACUGUUUAAAUGAGUGAGAAAAUAGGCAUCUUCUCAUUUCAUUUUAUUUUUAAUAUCAAGAACAAAAAUGACUGACGAUUUAUGGUCUUAAUUAGCACUUUCAAAACUAUGUAUAUGUAUAUGUAGAUAUACACAUACAUACACAUAUAUAUCUGUAUAUAUAUAUAUAGAUAGAUAUAUGUUUAUCUACAUAUGUGUAUAUAUGUGUGCAUGUAUAUGUAUAUCUAUAUGU